UCGGAUGUUUUGGAGUCUUGCCAGAUUCUGCCACCGUCCCGUUGCAAGGGACAACCUGUUCUGCCAGAGCGGUUGGCAAAACUCUAAGUUCUGCCAGAACAAUUGUAUCGCAUGGUACCAGCUCUUCUAUGCCCGUUUGCGUACACACUAAUCAUCCCUCAAACGCGGUUGCCGGCUCAAAACACUCAGUAUAAAUAAGACUAUCUUUACAGCACAAUUGACAAGACAUCCACCCAUAUCCACUACACCCAGUGCAUCAUGUUCUUCCUUUCUUUCGCUUCAAGCCUUAUGCUUGCAUACACCUUGCAAGUUGCGGCGGAUCCCCUCCCCGCAGCUCCCGCAACGCGUCGGGCGGGUGUAUCAGAUGUCACUAAGAUGUCGUCUACCGACGUGGCUGAUUUGACGCCAUAUGCUCAUUUUGCCCGUGUUGCUUAUUGUUCGCCUGACACCGUAAAGGAAUGGAAUUGUGCAUCGUGCCAGGAGUUGUCUGGAUUUGAAGUUUCUCUGGCAGGGGGUGACGGCGACGACACCCAAUAUUACUACGUUGGCUACUGGCCGAAAAAAAAUACUGUGGUAGUUGCUCAUCAAGGCACAGACCCAACUUCAAUUGAAGCUAUUCUCACUGAUGCCGAUGGAUUACUGGAACGCCCGGACUCAAAACUUUUUCCCGGUGUCAAAAGCGACGUCCAACUUCACGGCGGAUUUGCUGACGAGCACGCGAAAACUGCGAGCGCCAUCUUGAAUGAGGUGAAGAGCCUGCUCUCUAAACAUGGCGCCACGAGUGUCACGCUGGUCGGACACUCUCUGGGAGGCGCCCUUGCUGAGAUUGAAACUCUGUUUAUGGCCUUGAACCUUCCCUCUAACAUCGCUAUCAAGGGUGUAACAUUUGGUAAACCCCGCGUAGGAAAUCCAGCAUGGGCCACUCUCUUUGAUUCGAAGGUACAGGACUUCCAACGCGUUAACAAUAAGUUAGACAUUGUCCCGAUUGUUCCGGAUUCCCUGCUGGGCUUCUCACACGUCCACGGAGAAGUCCACAUCGUAUCUGAUGAUGACAUAGUCCAAUGUCCAGGUGACGACGAUGACACACAUGACAAGUGCACAAACCAGAGUGUGCCGGACAUCUUUUCUGGCGAUGUCUUGGACCACAUAGGUCCUUACAGCGGGGUUCUUAUCGGCUAUUGCUAAGCAUAGACUGGGACAAACCUUACACCAGGGCAUUCACAAACUCAUAACGGGUCCCAUAAAUUAUAAAGUAUU